GAUUUGCCCCACCUAUUUAGUGUGGUCCGAGAAACACCGUAUUUUGACCCCAAGUCUUUAUAUGAUCCCGCGUAACUCCUUCAUUUGGCAACUGCGAUCAACUCUCUCCCGGUCACCGUCUCUCUCUCAGUACAGAACUUGUGUCUCUGGAUAAGUAAAAUGCAGAAAGAGGAGGUCUGUGGUGGUAACAACAACAAUGACAACUCCUCCAUGGACUCGUCGCCAGACCUAUCUCGCAAUCCACAUCUCUCUACUACAUCUCAUAACCAGUCCGACGACAUCGAUUUCACCGGCUUCUAUCCCUCAAUGUUCCCUCCGAAUUCGAACUCCCUCUCAAUUUCGCCUUCCGAUUGUUCGUUCGACGAUGAUGCCACCAAUGCAAUCGCCACAGAUAACCGCCUUUACCAAGCUCGCUCCAUCUUAGAGCACCAGCAACUCUACAAUCGCUACGCAAUGUGCAUCGCUCACCUUCAAGAAUCACUCAAAGAAGUCGACACACUUCGUGAAGAGAACGACAAUCUUCGAGUUUCCAACGCAGAUUUGAUCAAACGCUUGAGCCUCUUGUCCCAGGCCACAAUCCAAAACUGCCUCCUCUCCUCCAGUCAUCCACCUCUGCCGUUCAUCAACGACUUCAAUCGUCUGAGUGUUGGAGGUACCGUCCGUGACAGUCACGUCGCCGAAGAAGCUUCCAAUAUCAGUCCAACGAGCGUCAUCGAACACAACCGAUUCGAUGGAAGGAAUGUUGAGAGCGUUGCGUUGCCAAAGAGCAUUUCGGUUCGUUCGAGUGGUUAUCUGAAGAUGACUCAACGAGGUGGAAGCAACUCCGGUCCGAGUCGCGGCAACCGAGUCAAAAGUCCAGUCCUUAACGAAUCACAAAGAGUGUAUGUGCCUGGUGGAAAGAGAGAGGAAGAGGCGUUGGAGUUCGAGGUGUACAACCAGGGGAUGAUCAAGACAGAGCUGUGCAACAAGUGGCAGGAGACGGGCAAGUGUCCAUACGGCGAAAACUGUCAGUUCGCACAUGGAAUCACGGAGCUGCGUCCGGUGAUCAGGCAUCCACGAUACAAAACUGAGGUCUGCCGCAUGGUUCUCGCUGGUGACACGUGUCCUUACGGCCACCGUUGCCACUUUCGUCAUUCUCUUACUGAGCAGGAGAGGCUCUUGGGCCCACUUCGAUUGAAUGAUCUCAACGGUUGAGAUUAUGCAGGCCUAGGUUAUGUUGGGAUGUACAUAACCCUAGUCCCAAUAAUAAUACCCAAAAAGAAAAAUUAAAUAAAAAAUUAAAACGUUAAUAUCAUAAUCACAUAUUUUUUGAAGGGAAAAUAUUAUGAGAAACGGGGUAUGAAAUUUUAGAUUUGAUGGAGGAAUAGAGGAAUGUAUUCUUUCUGUCUCUCUCUCUUUUUCAAAAAGUUGUUUCUUUCAAUUUUUUUUUUUUUUUUUUUGGUUUUGAUUUUGGUUAAGUUGAUCAUUCUUGUAAACAAACAUUCGGUUGUGUAAUGAGCAACCAACCAAACCAACCAACCAAACGGCUCCAUGGUACGCAAUAUUCAAUUGCAGUUAUAAUAUCAUUUUCUUUGUUUUUAUCUGCAUGGAAUUAAAAUGCAUGAUGUGCU